AUGAGCGGUAUUUCUCAUCUGCGCGCCCAUCUACUUCAGGCGCUUUGCCAAAUGAUGUGUGGUCAAUCUCGACACAGAUCUACAGAUCCGAUGUUUCGACAAGAUUUCGCAAAAAAUGCCAUGACUCGAAACAGAUUUGAAAUUUUACUUCGUAUGCUACAUUUCUCAAAUAAUGAAGAAACUGAAAAGAGUGAUCGACUACACAAAAUAGAUAAAUUAGUUAAAACACUAAAUAUGAAUUUUCAAGCCCAUUUCAUUCCCAAUGAGUCAUUAUGUGUAGACGAAAGCCUCAUUCCUUUUCGCGGCCGAAUUAUAUUUAGACAGUACUUGAAACAGAAGAGGCAUAAAUACGGUAUAAAGAUUUUCAAAUUGUGCACAACGCCAGGUUACACUUUUAGGCUAGAAAUAUAUGCAGGGAAAAGUUCCGAGUCCAAAAAUAAUACACCAACAAAUAUAGUUCUUAAUCUUUGUAGUAACCUGUUGAAUAAAGGACACACUAUGUAUACCGAUAACUGGUAUAGCAGUGUAGAUUUAGCAGACAAGUUACUUGAUUCAGAGACGCAUCUGGUUGGUAUGCUCCGCAAAAAUAGAAAGAGAUUGCCGAAAGAAGUCACUGAAACGAAGCUCAAACCUGGUGAAUAUAUUUCUAGAGAGACUCAAAGGGGUAUAACCGUUAUGAAGUUGCGAGAUAAACGCGAAGUACUUCUGCUGUCUACAAAAUACUCUAACAUACUAAAAGAAAGUACGAGUAAACGGGGCAUUGUUACCAAGAACCCCAAAAUUAUUUUGCCCUACAACCAAGUGAAGUCGGCCGUAGACCUGUCUGAUCAAAUGUCAGCAUAUUCAACACCAUUGCGUAAGACAGUAAAAUGGUAUCGAAAACAUGCUUGUGAGUACUCUACUACUCAAUACAUCAAUUGUAAAUGCCUUAGUUCUAUAUAA